CUGUUUAUUCAAGGGAGACGUAUUCAAAAAAGUCUUUUUGUCAACUCGUGAUAUUAAAAUUUGAUAAAUUUGGGUCUCUGGAAGGACCAGGAUGUAAUAUUAAGGGCAAGAAAUUCAGAAAAUUGGAACAAAAUGGUGAGAUCGUGUUUGUUUUUGUCUAUUUGUGUUUUGGUGUUGGUUGAUGCUGCUGCAGACUGGCGUCUUGUCAAUCCAAAAGAGACAGAUAAACCACCAUAUCACAGUAGUCCAGAAUCACCAACACAUCACCACAGACCAGACCGAGUACAUCCGGGUGGUUUAUACUCAGUCAAACCUUCACAUCGUACCAUAUACAGGAUAAGAACCACCACACAGGCAUUCGAAACAGAUGAAUUCAGGAGACAGAAUCAAGAGAGGUUUAGAGAAGAUCAGAUCAAAUAUGCUUAUAUUAUAAUAGGAGGGUCGGUAGGAGGAGCUGUAGUACUAAUACUAACUAUUGUUGUACUGGUUUUAGUUCUGAGAAGUAAACGACGUAGACGAGCAAAGGUUAUUGAAAUAGAAAGUAAACCCAUCACAAACCCACGCUACCAAAUCUCCAUCAUCAAUCCUAAAUUACAUGGACCACCGCCACCUUACGACAAUGUCGCUUUCAAGAACGGUAACUCUGACAGUCAAAGAGCAGACGAGUAUGACGUCAACAUGGAUGACGUCAAGGAUUCUAAAUUUCAUCAUCGUGAAGGCUUGAAAACGAAAAGUUCCAAAGAUCCUAAAUUCGAGGACUUGUACAAUCAUUUGAAUGCUACAGAUGUGCAGAAUGUUCACCAGAAUUUAUAUAAAAGAGGUGAUAGUACAGACGACAGUACUGGUGGCGACGAGGCUGAUAACGAGCUCUCAGAUGAAGUCGAAGUUCAAGAACCAUCCAAAGAGGGUAAAGACAGCCCUGACUCAGACGACAACCAGGCUAAUACCAUAACUGGCAAAUUAUAAAGUCCAGAGUUUCAUAUGUCCAUAUUGGGUUUUAAUUUUUGUUUAUGAUAACGACAAGUUUUUUUGUAGGUUUUUUGUAGGCUGUUUUGGAAUAUCAUUAACAUUUUUGGGUGAAAUUUUCCUGGGUUUGAAAUUCAUAUAUUUUUUAUAUAUUGAAGUAUAUUUUAUAUUUAACACGUCUAAAUCAAUAAAUAAUACAUUCCUGUUUGGAUUUG